AUGACAACCUCUCAGUUUCAAGUCAAAGAGCACACCAUCCCGUGUCAAUCCAUUCGGGAGUAUCACCAUGCAGUGAAAGGAGUUGACCCUCCAUUGCAGUUAGCAGUCAAGCAGUAUAUCCCGCUCAACAACCUCAACCCUAGCCCAGACGAUAUUACAAUUAUUGCUGGACAUGCCAAUGGAAUUCCCAAAGAGUGCUAUGAGCCCAUCUGGGAUGAUCUGCUCAGAUUGACCCGCGUGAAAAUUAAGGCAAUCUGGAUGGCGGACUGUUCUCAUCAAGGGGCUAGCGGUGUGCUAAACGAGCAAAUCCUCGGAGAUGACCAUCUCUUACUCAUGGUCAACCAUUUCCGCGACCAGAUCCAACCUCCGAUCGUAGGAGUCGCUCAUAGCCUCAGCUGCUCACAAUUCGUGCAUUUAUCGAUCAUGCAUCCCCGACUUCUACACAGUCAUGUCUUCCUGGAACCCAUGAUCCAACAAGACGCGGAGAAUCACAUUCGCAGGAACGCAUUCUGGCGCCGAUGGGAUCCGAGGGCAGUGAAUGCGUACAUUCGAUUCGGGCUGCGGCGCGUUCCAACGUCGUCCUCGGGAACCGUAACCCUCACGACUACCAAGGCGCAAGAGGCCUGGACGUAUCUGUGGUUCAAUCCCACCCCACACGCGGGUAGCGAUAUCACGGAGCGUUUCCUAAACUCCGAUCUCGCCGUUACGACAAAGGAAGGCGAUAAUCACAAUCCGAACUACGUAACUGUGUGCCCGUGGUCGUGUAUGGCGUUUGAGUUCCUACCGUACAUGCGGCCGUCAGUCUUCGGAGGCGUGGCAGCCGGACGCGUACACGCCGAGGUCCUCCCAGGCUCGUCCCAAAUGGCGCCGCUGGAGAAGGUGCAGGAUACAGCGCGGCUGAUAUCGCUCUGGCUGGAGGCACAACUGGAACUGUACCUGAAAGAAAAAGUGUUUUGGGAAUGCCAGUAUAACAGCGGGAAGUCAGAACAGGACGGGAGGGUCCUAUCGGCACAGUGGAUGAAGUAUACGAAGGAGCCAGUGGAUACUCAGCGGCCUGCAAAGCCUCAUUUAUAG